AUGCCGCACGUCGAGAACGCCCCGCAGCUCAGCAGCCCACCGGAGCGCAUGGAGUUACUGGAAGAAGCCAGGAAGAUGGAAAUGGCAAAGUUUCGCUACAUCCUUCCUGUUUAUGGCAUCUGUAAAGAGCCGGUUGGCUUGGUCAUGGAAUACAUGGAAACGGGGUCUCUGGAAAAGCUCCUGGCUUCCGAACCUCUGCCCUGGGAACUGCGCUUCCGAAUCAUCCAUGAGACAGCAGUGGGGAUGAACUUCCUGCACUGCAUGUCGCCUCCACUGCUCCACCUGGACCUGAAGCCUGCUAACAUCCUGCUCGAUGCCCACUACCAUGUCAAGAUUUCUGACUUUGGACUUGCAAAGUGCAAUGGCUUGUCCCAUUCCCAUGACAUCAGCAUGGAUGGCUUGUGUGGCACGAUUGCGUACCUCCCUCCAGAGCGCAUCAAAGAGAAAAACAGGUGUUUUGACACCAAACAUGAUGUGUACAGCUUUGCCAUCGUGGUUUGGGGAGUUCUUACACAGAAGAAGCCUUUUGCAGAGGAAAACAACAUUUUACAUAUUAUGGUAAAAGUAGUUAAAGGCCACCGCCCAGAGCUACCUGCUGUUUCCAAAUCCAGACCUCAUUCAUGUAAUAACUUGAUCAAACUGAUGCAAAAAUGUUGGCAAGAUGAUCCUGGUGAACGUCCAACAUUUCAAGAAAUCACUUCAGAAACAGAGGCCCUUUGUGAAAAACCAGAAGAUGAAACCAAAGAGAUGAUAACUCAGGACCUGGACACCAAGAAUUCCCCAGAGCAGCAGCCUGAGGGGAUGUCUGCGGUACCCCAGCCAAAGCAGGAGCCUGCUCUACCGUCAGUGAAGGAUUACAGUCUCUCGGAGUUGUUGUCCCAGCUGGAUUCGGGGAUUUCACAGACUAUGGAAGGCCCUGAGGAUCUCAGCCGCAGCUCUUCUGAGUCCAAGCUUGCCUCCAGUGACAAGCGGCUUUCAGGAGUUUCAUCUGUAGAUUCAGCUUUUUCAUCCAGAGGCUCCCUUUCCCUUUCCUUUGAAAGGGAGAGUUCAGAUAUUGGUACUACAGACAUACAGAAGAGGAAGCUAACGGAGGCCAUUUUAUCUGGUGAUACCAGCAAGCUGAUGAAGAUCCUCCAGCCUCAAGAUGUUGAUAUUGUUUUAGAUGGGAACUGCAGUCUUUUGCACUUGGCUGUUGAAGCUGGUCAAGAAGAAUGUGUCAAAUGGCUCCUCCUGUACAAUGCUAAUCCUAACCUCACCAACAAGAAGGGAUCCACCCCUCUUCACAUAGCCAUUGAGAAGAAAGUUAAAAGCAUCGUGGAGCUGAUUAUGGCUAGGAAAAUCAAUGUUAAUGCCAAAGAUGAGGAUCAGUGGACUGCUCUUCACUUUGCUGCCCAAAACGGGGAUGAUUUCAGCACCAAAAUGCUGCUUGAUAAGAAUGCAUCCUUAAAUGAGGUAGAUUUUGAAGGCAGAGCCCCCAUCCACAUAGCCUGUCAGUAUGGCCAAGAGAACAUUGUGCGGAUCCUACUGAGAAGAGGCGUUAAUGUGAACAUCAAAGGAAAGGAUGACUGGGUGCCACUGCACUAUGCUGCCUGGCAAGGUCAUCUGCCCAUCGUAAAGCUUCUGGCCAAACAGCAGGGUGCAAACGUCGACGUGCAGACCGUGGAUGGAAGGACCUCGCUACACUUGGCUGCUCAACGAGGACACUACCGUGUUGCUCGCCUUCUUAUAGACCUGGAGUCAGAUGUCAACAUACAGAACGCGCUCUUGCAGACUGCUCUCCACAUAGCUGCUGAAACUGGCCACACAAGCACCUCGAGGUUGCUCCUUAAACACGGUGCAGACAUUGAGGCAGCAACAGCGGAAGGAUACACUGCUCUGCACUUGGCAUCUCGCAGCGGCCAUUUAGCAACAACGAAGUUGCUGAUAGAUGAAAGGGCCAGUGUGCUAGCCAGAGGCCCUUUAAACAGGACAGCGUUACAUCUUGCUGCAGAAAACGGGCACUCUGAAGUAGUAGAACAACUUGUCAGUUCAGAAAAUAUCAAUUUUGCUGACAGUGAAGGGUUGACAGCUCUUCAUCUGGCUGCACGAGGAGGGCACACAAAAACAGUUGAGGUUCUUCUGAAGCACGGGGCUCACACUGACAUGCAAAGGCCCACAUGUCAGACCCUGCUACGGCUUGCUCAGCAGAGCAGUAAGAGCUCAGUCACGGUGUUGUUAAGUGAGACCUAA